ACGACAAAUCUGAAUAAUUCAUUGAAUAUUUAUAUGUUCGUAUAUUAAAAUCAUGUAAGUUAAAGCUUGUUUAUUUUACAUUUACAGUUGAUAUGAAUGAACUUCAAAGUAUCUGUUUUCUAGGUUUGGAAUUUUAUGACAAGCAACUCUAGCUCUGGUAACUUAUUUAAAAGCUUAAAAGCUCUUGUUAAAAUACUCUGUAUUAAGUACUGAGUGUUUCCUAGGGAACUCAGCAUAUUUCCAUGUGAGUGAUCUGAUUUAACUAAGAAAUGUAUCCAAACCACAGUGUCUCUUAUUGAUCAUAAACAUUUGUAUUAAUAGUUUACUGUAAAAGCUCUAUCAAUAGUCUAAAUAAUAGGUUGGUUCUUUGAUAAAGCCGAACGUUUUUUAAAGUAGAGGUAUUUGGUGGGAGACAAGCUAAUACACUAACUCUUAAACAUUUUUAUACAGGAUUAGCUGAACCAUCCUUUGUUGCAAAACAUGAAGAUAGUUUGUUUAAGGAUUUGUUUCAAGACUACGAAAGAUGGGUUCGUCCUGUGGAACACCUGAAUGACAAAAUAAAAAUAAAGUUUGGCCUUGCAAUAUCUCAAUUAGUGGAUGUGGAUGAGAAAAAUCAGUUAAUGACAACGAAUGUCUGGUUGAAACAGGAGUGGACAGAUGUGAAGUUAAGAUGGCGUCCUGAGGACUACGGAGGAAUCAAAGUGAUACGCGUCCCUUCAGACUCUCUCUGGACUCCAGACAUCGUUUUGUUUGAUAACGCGGACGGGCGUUUCGAGGGGGCCAGCACUAAAGCGGUCGUCAGGCACGACGGCACAGUGACCUGGACGCCGCCGGCAAACUACAAGAGUUCCUGUACCAUCGACGUCACAUUUUUCCCAUUCGAUCUCCAGAACUGCUCCAUGAAGUUUGGUUCUUGGACUUACGACGGGUCCCAGGUUGAUAUUAUUUUAGAGGACCAAGAUGUAGACAAGAGAGACUUCUUUGACAAUGGAGAAUGGGAAAUCGUCAGCGCCACAGGGAGCAAAGGGAACAGAACAGAUAGCUCCUGCUGGUACCCACACAUCACAUACUCCUUUGUAAUCAAGCGCCUGCCUCUCUUCUACACCCUGUUCCUUAUCAUUCCCUGUAUCGGCCUCUCAUUUCUAACCGUGCUCGUCUUCUAUCUCCCCUCCCACGAAGGGGAGAAGAUCUGUCUCUGCACGUCAGUACUGGUCUCUUUGACUGUCUUCCUGCUGGUUAUCGAGGAGAUCAUCCCCUCGUCUUCCAAAGUCAUCCCUCUGAUCGGAGAGUACCUGGUGUUCACCAUGAUUUUUGUGACACUGUCCAUCAUGGUCACUGUCUUCGCCAUCAACAUCCACCACCGUUCUUCCUCAACACAUGAUGCCAUGGCACCUUGGGUCCGCAAGAUAUUUCUCCACAAGCUUCCCAAACUGCUCUGCAUGAGAAGUCAUGUAGACAGGUACUUCGCUCAGAAAGAGGGGACUGAGAGCCCUGGGAGACCAGAGUCUUCUCGAAACCCACUGGAAGCUGCACUUGAUUCUAUCCGCUACAUCACCAGACACGUCAUGAAGGAGAACGAUGUCCGUGAGGUUGUUGAAGACUGGAAAUUCAUAGCCCAGGUGCUGGAUCGGAUGUUUCUGUGGACUUUUCUUCUGGUUUCAAUUGUUGGAUCUCUUGGGCUUUUCGUUCCUGUUAUUUACAAGUGGGCCAAUAUCAUAGUCCCGGUUCAUAUUGGAGAUGCAAAUAAGUGAUACCUGCCCAGGGGACACAGUAGGAGUUUGGUUGCCAAAAGCACGUGUAACUCUGCUACCUAUAAACUUAGAAAAUGUACAUUGUGCUUGAAAUUUGACGCCAGCUCUAACCAACAGACUGACAGUUGCUAACACUGGUUUAUCUUAAUAGAUCGCCCAUUGGAACAUUUUACCUGCAUGAGAGAAGCACUAACUGACUCAACAUUUGGUCUAGAAAUAGCAGUGGAAUAGUACCCGAACUGUGCUAGUGAAAACCUACUGUUUGUAUCCUGGCAAGUAACACUGGUUUGUAAUCAACAUGAAGCUCAUCUUUCGAUUGUGUUGGAAAAUUCCCGUUGUAUCUGAAGAUUGAUUUCAGGACUUUUUCUGCAUUUGGUAAAGGUACACAUUUUAAAUCUCUCUCUGUCCUGUAUCUGCAGCGGGAAGAGCUGACCUUGGGCACAGUGUCCUACUGCUGUAUUAAAUAAGCCAGCUACCUGGUACAGCAACCA